AUGGAUUUUAAAUCUCUCUUUUCAUUCAGCACAAGUCAGUCUUACAACAAGUGGCAAAAUCCGCCCUCGGGAGAAGUGGAAAGAAAACUUUUGUAUGGGGACAAGCUCCCGGAAAACUAUCAACUUAUCUACCGUGCUCCCAUCGAGAACUAUGUGACCUGGACGAAGAAUAUUUCAACAGCCACCACCUCCGUUUUGGGAUUGGUUGCCGCCUAUCAUUGGGCCUCAACUAUGAACGUGGUUAAUGUGGUGCAGAAAAUGGAUAUAGCCAUACUGGUUUCUCAAGAGUCUGACUUAUACUACUUUUUGGCUGGAUUUGUUUUGAUUAACCUGGCCAUUCGCACCUUUGUGGCCAAGUAUCCCUUGCGGAUAUACAAAAGUUCAGACAAGUACGUGGCUGUUUACGGCUCUCAGCUGCCUCUAGGCACGGUCAAGCACUUCUUCGAGAAGGGUCAAAUAGCCGAAUACAAAAAUUUCCUCAAUCCUUGGAGUCAUAUUAUGUACAAGUUGGGCAGCAGAUCCUCCAUGUUGCUUAUUGACUACUUCAAAACGCCUUCAGAGUUCCACCAACUGUUCACUACUAAGCAAUAGUCGGCGUUUUUUAUUUAUUGUUGUAAAUUGUUAA